AUGUGUGCGUCGCAGCGACUGCGCGGCGAAAGUUGGACCGACAUGGCUUAUUGUGGUCUUGGAUAUAGGGCUCCCGUCCACAUCAUCACUGGCUCGGCUGGCUGCCAGGAAGGCAGGGAUCACUUCCUGAAUGAUGAGCCUAAAUGGUCGGCGUUCAGAUCCCAGGACUUCGGUUUCACCAAGUUCAAGGCUUUCAACGGUACACACAUCUACAUGGAGCAGGUGUCGGUAGAUCUCCACGGGCAAGUAAUCGACUCCAUGUGGCUGGUGAAGAACAAAACGGUGCCUUUUAGCAGCAUUUAA